GUCCUGCACCAUUCUACACAUCUCUACUCACAACUAUAGUACAUCUCUGGCAUUUAACAGUGGAUUUUAUUUGCAAUGAAGCUAUUCAGGCUCCUCUAUUUGCUGGGACUUCUCAUUCUUUGUAAAGGUGAGGAGGAGAGCGGAGAGUCUGAGUCCGAGUCGUGCGAUAAUUUCACAGACUUGAAUCUUUCUCAUUGUUUCAUGGGGACCUCUUUGUACGUGCGCCUGCUCCUCUACACUCGCUCUAAUGUCCACUGCGGUCGUGAACUCCGCCACCGAAACCCAUCAAACCAGCCCCUGUUCAACUUUACGCGCCCUACGGCUUUCGUUAUACACGGAUACAGGCCCACAGGAGCGCCCCCUACCUGGAUUGACAGGCUGGUGCAGUUACUACUGGCCCAUGAUGAUAUGAAUGUCAUUGUAGUGGAUUGGAACAAAGGUGCAGCCAAUUUGAACUACUUCACUGCCGUCACCUACACCAGAGAAGCAGCGCAGAAUCUGACAGACUUUAUCAUCACUAUGCAGGAGGAGGGAGCGUCUCUGGACCAUAUCCACCUGAUCGGGGUCAGUCUGGGGGCACAUCUUGCCGGGUUCGUGGGGUCAAAUCUCAAAGGGAAGAUCGGACGCAUCACAGGCUUAGACCCGGCUGGCCCCAUGUUCACGAGCGCUGGACCAGAUGAGAGGCUGGACCCAAGCGACGCUCAGUUUGUGGACGUCCUGCACACAGAUAUGGACUCGUUCGGACUGAGAGGGGCCCACGGUCACAUUGACUUUUACGCAAAUGGAGGAGCCGACCAACCAGGAUGUCCCAAGACCAUCUUUGCAGGGAAGUCAUAUUUUGUGUGUGACCACCAGAGGGCGGUGUUCCUGUAUCUCUGUGCCCUGAAUCAGACCUGUUCCAUCACUGCGUUUCCUUGUUCAUCCUAUAGCGACUUCCUUGACGCCAAAUGUCUUCAGUGCGAAGCCUUCAAACCCGCUCCCUGCCCUAAACUUGUUUAUGACUUGAGCCCGUGGAGAGACGCUCUGAUCCAAAUGGGCCAAACCAAAGUGUUCUUCAGCACCUCGUCCUCGCUGCCGUACAGGAAGCUGAGUUACCGAGUGGACUUUGUCACAUGGAACCAGUACCUGCGAUGGGGAGUGGUCUACAUCCGGUUAUACAGCGGCAAGACCUUCACAGAGGCCAGAGUAGACCAUAAACUCCUGCGUUUUGAGCAGUACACCUCCACUCGACUGCUGGCAGAGUUUGAUGACGACAUUUCAACAAUUCAGAAAAUCUCCAUGAGGAUCAACACUGGGAACGUGAUUGGACCCCGCUACAAGAUCAGACUCCUGAGAGUCCGAUUCACCCCCCUGGACCAGCCAGACAGGCCUGUGAUGUGCAGAUUCGACAUCAUUAUGGAGGAAAAUAUGGAGGUGUCUUUUCGACCUUUGCCCUGUAACACAAACUGACCCCAGAUCAGCCAAAGAAGACCACAGGAACAAAACAUUACAUUUUACACACUGCUGAACUGAUUUGAAUACUUGAAGAAAUAUACAUAAACAUUAUUACAUAUAAUGAUGGGCCGCAUGAAC